AUGAGUUGUCCGACUCCAAAUGCCCACGCCACUUCACCAGAUACUAUUGUCGGACAUGACGACGACGUCGUUUCAGGGAUCUCUCCACAUGGAACUGGCGGAGUCCUUGCUCAUCGAGCCGCGUUGGUGGAGGCCGGUGUAUUGAAGAAGGAGCAUGAGAAGGUACUUCUUGUGCUGAGUGGUCUCCCUGAGACAUGGUUUUAG